AUGGAGCUUAUUUGGAAACCAGUCUUGAUUUUCCUCCUAAGCUUUUCAUGUUGGGCCUUAGACUGGGACUCUGACAGAGAUUUCAUUUCUGCUGCUGGACCUCUAAUCAAUGACUUGCUGUUUAAUCCGAACGCAACCCACGGAAACCAGGUUUCUAAUUUGGGAGCAGGGGACAACAGCAUUUAUGUAUGUCAUCAGCCACUGCCAGCCUUUCUACAAGAGCACUUUCACAGUCUUCGUGCCCACAAAAUCACCCAUUAUAAAGUCUACCUGCCCUGGGCACAGCUUCUCCCAAAUGGAAGCUCCGAGAACCCAGACAGGAGUAAAGUGCAGUGCUAUAGACACCUGCUGCAGGCCCUUCGGGCAGCCAGUCUAAAGCCAAUGGUCAUUCUGCACCAGCGGGGGCUCCCCACUGGCACCUGUCAGGAAGGGGGGUGCUUUACUGACCUCUUCGCUGACUAUGCCACAUUCGCCUUUCAUUCUUUUGGGGACCUUGUUGACAUCUGGUUCACUUUCAGUGACUUGGAGGAGUUGAUAAAGGAGCUUUCCCACCAGGAUUCAAGAGCUUCUCAACUCCAGGUCAUCUCUGCUGCCCACAGAAAAGUCUAUGAGGACUACCAUGAGAAAUACACUUCUCGGGGCAAACAAUUGUCCGUGGUCCUGCGACCUGAAGAAUUCUGGGAGUUCCUGUCAGAACCAUCCACAGCUGCACUGGCCAAGGAGAUGGUUGAUUUCCUGUCUCUUGAUUUGUCUUCUGAAUGCCAAAGUGAGGCAAGCUUCUCUCGGCAGCUGAAUAAACUGCAGACUAUUAAGCCAAAAGUACAAGUUUUCAUCUUCAGUCUAAAAUUCCAGGGCCGGGCGUGCCCCUCUGCCAGAAAGAACCCCACUAGCUCGCUCUUCAGUCUUCUCAGUGCCAUCAGUGAAGAUCAAGUGAAAAUCAUUGGAUGUGAUAUGAAUACAUUCUUGAGAUGUUCCUCAAGUUUCUCAGAAAGUCUGUCUUGUUCUCUGACAGACAGCCUGAGCCUUCAGACACCCCUGGAACAUGACUUUGAGACGGCAGCAGAUGUUUCCACCGCCUACUCAGCCUAUCGGAGUGUCUGGGAAGCAUUUGCAAACCAGUCCAGGGCCCAGAGGGAUGCUUUCCUGAGGGAUGUUUUUCCUCAGGGCUUCCUCUGGGGCGUCUCCACAGGAGCCUUCAAUGUGGAAGGAGGUUGGGCCGAGGAUGGCAGAGGACCAAGCAUCUGGGACCACUGGGUUUCCCAAAAUGCUGUUGAGGGCCACGCCACACCAGAGGUGGCUAGCAACAGUUACCACAAAGUGGAUGCUGAUGUGGCCCUGCUCCGUGGCCUCCAGGUACAGGUGUACAAAUUCUCCAUCUCCUGGUCUCGCAUCUUCCCCACUGGGCACAGGCAACACCCCUGCCCAAAAGGCCUCUCCUACUACAAUAAGCUGAUCGACAACCUGCUGGCCUCGAACGUGGAACCCAUGCUCACACUUUUCCACUGGGACCUGCCGCAGGCCUUGCAGGAGAUCGGCGGAUGGCAGAAUGAGAAUGUAGUGGAUGCCUUCCUGGACUACGCUGACUUCUGCUUCUCCGCAUUUGGGGACCGGGUGAAGCUGUGGGUGACCUUCCAUGAGCCGUGGGUGAUAAGCUAUGCAGGCUAUGGCACCGGGCAACACCCACCAGGCAUCUCGGACCCAGGAGUGGCCUCCUUUAAGGUGACUCACUUGGUCCUUAAGGCCCACGCCAGAGCAUGGCACCACUACAACCUGUACUAUCGUCCACAGCAGCAAGGGCAAGUGGGCAUAGUGCUGAACUCAGACUGGGCCGAACCCUUGUCCCCAGAUAGAUCUGAGGACCUGCGAGCUUCUGAGAGAUUCUUGCACUUUAUGCUGGGCUGGUUUGCACACCCCAUCUUUGUGGAUGGAGAUUACCCACCUGCUCUGAAGGCCCAGAUCCAGCAGAUGAAUCAGCGGUGCCUCCAUCCUGUUGCCCAGCUCCCUGAAUUCACUGAGGAAGAGAAGCAGCUUUUGAAAGGCUCUGCUGAUUUUCUUGGCUUGUCCCAUUACACAUCCCACCUCAUCAGAAAUGCCCCAGAAUAUAGCUGUGUCCCCAGCUAUGAUACCAUUGGAGGCUUCUCCCAGCAUGUAGACCCUGCCUGGCCCCAAACCUCAUCUUCUUGGAUUCAUGUGGUUCCCUGGGGUAUAAGGAGACUGUUGCGUUUUGUAUCCUUGGAAUACACAAAAGGAAAAGUUCCCAUCUACCUGACUGAGAAUGGCAUGCCCACAGGAGAAGGUGAAGAUCUCCUUGAUGACUCUAGGAGAAUAGACUACUUCAAUCAAUAUAUCAAUGAAGUGCUCAAGGCCAUCAAGGAGGACUCAGUGGAUGUUCAAUCUUACAUUGCUCGUUCCCUCAUCGAUGGCUUUGAAGGGCCCUCUGGUUACAGCCAGAGAUUUGGGCUGUAUUAUGUCAACUUCACAGAUAGCAAUAGGCCAAGGACUCCCAGGAAAUCUGCCUCCUUUUUCAUGAGCAUCAUCAAAAAGAACAGUUUCCCCACUGAUGUGAACAAAAGACUGCCACCACUCACUCCAGCAAAUGUCCCCCAAAAACGCAGAGCCUUCACAUUCCAAUCCCAGGUAUCAUCCAAGAUCAAAUCAGUCUGGGCAAAGUUCUCCAACCAGCCCAAAUUCGAAAGAGACCUCUUCUACCAUGGCACAUUCCGGGAUGGCUUCCUGUGGGGUGCCUCUUCCUCUGCCUACCAGAUUGAAGGUGCCUGGGAUGCUGAUGGCAAGGGCCCCAGCAUCUGGGACACCUACACGCACUUGCCAUCCAGCCAAGUAAAAGGCAAUGCCACUGGAGAUGUGGCGUGUGACAGCUACCAUCAGCUGGAAGCUGACCUGAGCCUGCUGCGAGCUCUGAAGGUGACGUCCUAUCGUUUCUCCCUUUCCUGGCCUCGCCUUUUCCCCAACGGAAGAAACAGCUCCAUGAACAAGGCUGGGGUGGAUUACUACAACAGACUCAUCGAUGGCUUGGUGGCCAGCAACAUCUCUCCCAUGGUGACCCUGUACCACUGGGACCUUCCCCAGGCCCUGCAGGACAUUGGAGGCUGGGAGAAUCCUGCCAUGAUUGAUCUGUUUAACAGCUAUGCUGACUUUUGUUUCCAGACCUUUGGGGACAGAGUGAAGUUCUGGAUGACCUUCAAUGACCCCAGCAGCCAGGCCUUGCUAGGUUAUGGAGCAGGGGUUUUCCCCCCAAAUGUGAAGGACCCCGGUUGGGCUCCAUACAAGAUUGGCCAUGCCAUCAUCAAAGCCCAUGCCAGGGUGUAUCACACUUAUGAUGAGAAAUACCGGAGGGCACAGAAUGGGGUCAUAUCUCUGGGCCUCAGUGCCCACUGGGCAGAGCCCAAAUCCCCAGAGGUCCCCAGGGAUGUGGAGGCUGCUGAGCGGAUGCUGCAGUUCUCUUUGGGCUGGUUCGCUCACCCCAUCUUCCUAAACGGAGACUACCCCGAUGCCAUGAAGUGGAAUUUGGGUAACAGGAGUGAACUGCAGGGCCUGGCCGCCUCCCGCCUGCCCAGCUUCACAGAGGCCGAGAAGAGGGAUAUCAGAGGCACAGCAGAUGUGUUCUGCCUCAACACCUACUCCACGAAACUCGUGGGGUACCGCACACCCCGGCUGAAGCCACCCUCCUACGAGGACGACCCCGAGGUGCGCACAGAGGAAGAUUCCUCUUGGCCCCAAACAGCCAGGGACCGUGCAGCUGCCUGGGGGCUGCGCCGAAUUCUCAACUGGAUCCGGGAGGAAUAUGGGGAUGUGCCCGUGUACAUCACCGAGAAUGGCCUGGGACUGACGGACUCCAAAGUGCAGGAUACCGACAGGACGUUUUACCAUAAGACUUACAUCAACGAAGCUUUGAAAGCCUACAGGCUUGAUGGUGUGGAUAUCCGCGGGUACUCGGCACAGUCUCUCAUGGACAGCUUUGAGUGGCUCGAUGGCUACACCAUCAAGUCUGGACUGUACCACGUGGAUUUCAACAACCCCAACAGGCCUCGGACCGCCAGAGCCUCCACCAGGUACUACACCGAGGUCAUCACCAACAAUGGUAUGCCACAGCCCAAGGAGGAUGACUUUCUCUAUGGACACUUCCCCAAAGGCUUUCUCUGGAGUGCAGCUUCUGCUGCCUAUCAGAUUGAAGGUGCGUGGAGAGCCGAUGGCAAAGGACUCAGUAUUUGGGACACGUUUUCUCACACACCACUAAGAGUCGGGAAUGAUGAUACUGGAGAUGUGGCCUGUGACAGUUACCACAAGCUUGCUGAGGACCUGGUGGCUCUGCAGAAUCUGGCAGUAUCCCACUAUCGCUUCUCUGUCUCCUGGACUCGCAUCCUCCCGGAUGGAACCACCAAGUACAUCAAUGAAGCUGGACUCAACUAUUAUGAGCGGCUCAUUGACAUGCUGCUGGCUGCCAACAUCCAGCCCCAGGUGACCAUUUACCACUGGGACCUGCCCCAGGCGCUGCAGGAUGUUGGCGGUUGGGAGAAUGAGACCAUAGUGCAGAGAUUUAAAGAGUACGCCAAUGUGCUCUUCCAGCGGCUGGGGAACAAGGUCAAGUUCUGGAUCACAGUGAAUGAGCCCUUUGUUGUCGCUAACCAGGGCUAUGGCUAUGGGACAGCUGCUCCAGGAAUCUCCUUUAGGCCUGCUACUGCCCCCUACAUUGUUGGCCACAACCUAAUAAAGGCUCAUGCUGAGGCCUGGCAUCUAUAUAAUGACGUGUAUCGUGCCAGUCAAGGCGGCAUCAUUUCUAUCACCAUCAACAGUGAUUGGGCUGAGCCCCGAGACCCCUCUAACCAGGAGGAUGUGGAAGCAGCGAGGAGAUACAUCCAGUUUAUGGGAGGCUGGUUUGCACAUCCUAUCUUCAAGAAUGGAGAUUACAAUGAGGUGAUGAAGACCCGGAUCCGUGACAAAAGUUUGGCCUCUGGUCUCAACAAGUCUCGGCUCCCAGAGUUCACGGAGAGUGAGAAGAGAAGGAUCAAUGGCACGUUUGACUUCUUUGGUUUCAACCACUACACCACUGUCCUGGCCUACAACCUAGACAAUCCCCUCCCUUCCUUCGAUGCAGACAGGGGAGUUGCUUCUAUCUCGGAUCGCACUUGGCCAGAUUCUGGCUCUUUCUGGCUGAAAAUGACACCUUUCGGCCUCAGAAAAAUUCUGAACUGGAUAAAGGCGGAAUACAACAACCCUCCUAUUUACAUCACAGAGAAUGGUGUGUCCCAGCGGGGAAAAGUGGAGCUCAAUGACACGACAAGGAUCUAUUACCUCCGCAGUUACAUCAACGAGGCGCUCAAAGCUGUGCAGGACAACGUGGAUCUUCGAGGAUAUACUGUUUGGAGUGUGAUGGACAACCUUGAAUGGGCCACUGGGUAUGCGGAGAGAUUUGGUCUGCAUUAUGUGAACCGUAGUGACCCUUCUUUGCCGAGGAUCCCCAAAGAAUCUGCUAAAUUCUAUGCGACGAUAGCCCGGUGCAAUGGCUUUCCUGACCCUCAUACAGGGCCACACCCUUGUCUCCAGCCAGAUGUUGGUCCCACAGUCAGCCCUUCAAGAGAAGAGGAAGUUCAGUUCCUGGGCCUGACACUUGGUACAAUGGAAGCCCAGACUGCUCUGUACAUACUUUUCUCUCUUGUGCUUCUUGGGGUUUGUGGCGUGGGAUUUCUGCUGUACAAGUACUGUAAGCAUUCCAAGCAAGAGAAAACACAAGCAGGCCAAGAAGAACUGAGCAAGGUUUCCUCAUUCUGA